AUGUGGCUAGUGGAGAAUUCAUACCAACAAAAUGCAAGUACGAACAGCUACUACAAAUACUGCUUACUUCAUUGGGUUGCGAAAACACCAGCACAACACUACAAAUACAGUACCAAGCUAAAGAAGGAAUACCACUUAGAUCAAAAUAUGCAACGAUCGAAGCCUCUACUUUUACUUGGAAUUGAAAAUGAAGGAAACAGAUUUCACGACAUAUCCACUUUAUGUGUCAACCGGCAGAAACAACAACACAACACUUCUGCAACACCAAAUUCGAUAUCCACAACAACACCGAAUGAAUAUAAUGUGGCAAUGAUCGAAAACAACACAACAACGCUUGAAAACAACAUAACAACAACAGAAUCAUACACAACGGGACAGCAAACAGAAGAAGGGGAAAAGUCAGAAACAAUAGAAGAUGAGGAGGACAAAUUCGACAUAAUUGACUAUGCAAAUUUGGUUGCUGAAGAAAUGGUAGAACAACUUGAAAACACCAGUAAAAAACUGGAUCCAGAAAUCGACAUCAACAAUGCAAAGUUAAUAACAGACAAGCAACACCUCGAAGUGGAAAAAGGACAGGGAUACAAAGACAAAGAAACUUUAAAAAAUGUCCUCAGCUACUACGCAAUCAAAAACAACUUUCAGUACAAAGUGUGGAAGUCCUGCUCUCAAGAGUACAGUCUGAAAUGUGUUUACGAAAGCUGCAAUUGGUCACUAAGAGCAUCGAGAAAUGGCCCAACAAACACAUUCAUAAUCAGGAGGUUCUCAAAUAUGCACACAUGCCCCAUAAAUAUUAGGCAUGAAGACCAAAGGCAAGCAACAUCGAAACUGAUAGGGGAAUGCAUAAAACCGAAGUUCUUGAACAUAAAGACCAAGGCAACAGCGAUGGACAUAAAAGGGGAGUUGAAAUACAGAUUUGGCAUCAAAAUGAACUAUAUGAAAGCUUGGAGAAGUAAGGAACAUGCAGUAAACGACUUGAGAGGUAAUGCUAGUGACUCGUACAGCCUAAUACCGAGUUUCUUACACAUGGUGGAAAAAACAAACCCUGGAUCAUUUGUCGAUCUGAAAACGGCAGAAGACAACAGCUUGCUCUUUGUUUUCAUGGCGUUGGAUGCAUCCAUAAAAGGGUGGGGAGCAUGCAGACCGAUAAUUGUUGUGGACGGAAUGUUCCUCAAAGCAGCUUGUGGGGGAACUUUGUUGUGCGCAUGCACACAAGAUGCAGCAGGUCAUAUUUUUCCACUAGCGUUUUGUGUUGCAGAUUCUGAGAAUGACCAAUCUUGGAAAUGGUUCUUCAAAAAAUUUAAAGAAGCGUAUGGGGUACGGGAACACCAAUGCCUAAUUUCAGACAGGAAUGAAAGCCUCAUCAAAGCAGCAAGAGAAAUCUAUCCAGAAAUUGCACACAGUUACUGCGGUUACCACAUUUUGAGCAACCUUAAAACAAGCUUCAAACAACAUGCGCCAAAUACAAUCUGCCAUUCUUUGGAGCGAUCCAAAGCCUACACGAAAAGCAAUUCGAGUUCCACAUGGCUGAAUUGGAUGGAUUGGACAAACGCAUAA